AUGGCUGCUGUGGUACUGUCUAAAGCACUCAAUUAUUUAUUUAAGGAUGGUAUGUUUAGAGGAUAUGGAAUGCCUAAGUGGAGUUCAAAUUUGAAUCAUCUUUCUUAUGUUGAUGAUACCAUAGUUUUUGCUUUUGCUGAAAGGAAUUCUUUGCAAAGAAUUAUGGAGGUUUUUCAUGAUUGUGAAAAUGUGUCAGGUCAGAAAAUCAAUGCAGAUAAGAGUUCAUUUUACAUGCACAGAAAGGUGGCUACUGAAAUAAAUCAGGAGGUACAACAAGUGAUAGGUUUCUCUAGAGGAGAUUUCUCAUUUACAUAUUUGGGACGUCCAAUAUGUCAUGCAAGAAGGCAAAAGCUGUUCUAUAAAGAUGUGACGAAGAAAACUCGAGAUAAAUUGAAGGCUUGGAAAGGAAAAUGGCUUUCUUUUGGAGGAAAAGCAGUAUUAAUUUCUUGUGGCAUACAGAGCAUUCCCAUUUACCUUCUAUAA